GAAAAUUUGUUAAGGCUGUGAAGACCUAUAAUAGGGGUAUUUUGCCAUGGAAUUAGAGGAUUUAUCACUUUCGUCACUGCUGAAUCAGAGGAAAACAGGUUUUGGGGGUUUAGAAGGGCUUUCGAAGGGAUCUAAUGGGUCUUCUGAGUCUUUUGAUAACCAGCAGGAUAAGAAUGAGAAAGAAGAGGGAGAAAUUAGUGAUAAUUCUAUGUCUGAUAAGAGCUCUGGCUUUGUUGGUAGUGGAUCUAGAACGUUUAUGAGGAGGAAAGGCUUUGGAUUUAGGAAUCCGUAUAGGAAAAGGAACUAUCGGGUUAGAAGUGGUUCAAUGGCAAAUCCAUACAUGUAUCAGUCUAUUUUUUCGCAAUCGCAAAAUAGUAUGAAUCUUAAGCUUGAGGGGAAGCUGGCGCUUGAAUUUUUAUCUUCCCAGGGGGUUUCUUUUGAAUAUUUAGUUCAUUUAGGAAUAAAUAGAGAUUUUCUUUGUAAGAUAUUUUUAGAUGCAGGUUUAGCAUUACCAGAGACAGAGAAUAUCCAUGGAAAAGAUGUAGUUGAGGAAAAAAUGGAUAUGAAUGUAGAUUUAAAAGAUGAUAAAGAAGUGGCAAGAAUACCAUCACCGAAACCUCAAAAAGUCGAUAUUGUUAAUCAUACAAAGGGUUUUUCUGAUACAUCUGCAUUUUUCGAGGAAUCUAAUAAAAAUUCGAGUCGACAUGUGGAUUCAGAAACUUUUUUGCAGAAUAUUCGCAAUUCUAUUAAAGAUAAAAUACAGAUUUCGGAAAAUAUUCAGAAAAAUGUUUUUAUAUCUCAUAAAAGAAAGCACGUAUCGACUUUUGAUUCUAAAAACGAGGAUUCCUCUGUUCCACGGAAAAAAUUUGGUUCAGAAUCUCUUGCUUCUGUUGUGAUUGAAUUUUCAGAUGAUGAUAAUGAUGAUAAUAGUGAUGAUAAUAGUGACAAUUGCGAUAAUAUUAGUAAAAUUAAAAAGCCUUUUGAACCAGAAAAUACAAAAAACGAUGCUAUUGCGAAAUUGAAACAAAAAGAAGAAGAAAUCAAACGUAUGAUGGAAAUAAUUGCUAAAUUAGAGAGCUCAAAAAAGAUGAAGAAAAAGCCUGUCGAGGAUGUUAAUCAUGCUCCUGAUUUUAAUGAUACAAAUAUAGAUGAAGAAAACUCAAUUGUAUUUAAUACUAGUCAAGAAACAAAAGAAACAUCCAAAAACCUUGAAGAUAAAUCGAAUGAGGCUACGUUGCACGAAAAAGAACUAGUUCUUCAAGAAAAAUUGAAUAAAAUUAAUAUGCAGCUUUUUCAAGAGGAAUUGUUGAUUCAAAAAUUAAAAAAUGAGCUUGCUGAGGCUGAGUCUUUAUUUCAAAAGUCGUUUCAAAUAAAAUCUGAUAUACAAAUACAAUUAAAAAAUUUUAAAAAGUCUCAUGAUUCUACUGAUAAAGUCGAAGAAUAUAGUAAAAUUUCAUCAAUAGAAAAUCUGGAAAAUUCUCAUUGUAUAUCUGAAAACUUAAUUACUGUUACAGAUUCUAAAAAUGAAAUUUUUAUUUCAUCGAAUAAUAUUUCAUUAUCUAAUCAAAAUAGCCAUGAAGAAGUUGGAAGCAUUGAUUCUUCUAAUGAUAAUGAUAAGGCUAAAAGUUUUAAAAGAAGAUUAGAGGUUCAAGAAAAGGCUACAACUGCUUGUCUUAUGCAGGAGGAAACAGAAGGUUCAAAAAAUAACGAAGUUUCUUCAAAAAUUAAAAAUCAUGAUAAAUUUUUUGUAUCAACUAAUAUGAAUGAAUUCUCAGAUACCUUCAAAAAUGAUAAAAAUGACCUUUCGGAAUCAAUAAUAGUAACAAGUCAUUCUCAAAAAAAUGUAAUUAUCUCUUCACAAUCAAAAGAUGUUAUUACUAAUAAAAGCUGUUUUGUUUUCUAUAAGGAGUAUUCUAGUCCAUUACGAAUUUUUCAUGCAUUUAGAUAUCAUCCCCAUUUUUUGUCAUGGGUAAAGGGAGGAUUUCUCUCACGAACAUAUAGCACACGUUCUGAUCCUAAUAAAAAAGUCUGUGUUUUUGAAACAGCUGGAGGUGUAUGUAACGAUGAUUCUUGUAAAUUUUUACAUUUCAAAGAAAUUGGACAAACAUACGAUCAAUUUCUUAUAGAAAUGAGUUCAUUUCCAGUUGGUGAAACAGAAGAAGAACGACAAAAUUAUUUUUCAGGUUUACGUGAACUUAUUCCAUCUUUGCUCACAUCUUAUCCUCACGAUACUAUAAAAAUAGCUCAGUCAAUCAUUGAUUAUCGUAAACAAUUUCUUAAUGAUCCAUCUCGUAUCAUAUUAUUUUGAUUGUUGCAUUAUUCUUUUAUAUACAUUAUUUACAAAUAUAUAUCAC